CCCAAUCAUUAUACACAUUCUAAUCUCGCCCAGAAAGAUACAAUCACGCCAUGAAAGCAGUUACUUCAACACCCGAAUCCUCCGUGUAUUCGACAACCGAAGACGACAAAUCUGAAACACGAGACACAAGCUCUUCUUUCCCGGGCUGUCGAAGAGAUGCUAACUGUACUUGUGAGAUGUGCUUGGCAAGCAUUAAUGCCACUCUUGAUCUAAUGCCUUUGAGUGCUCAAAGAUCAUCUCUUACUAAGAUUUCUUCGACACCGAUAUCAAGGACCCCGGUUCCUUUUAGUCCUAAUGUUCUUUUAACGCCUCAAUCGACAGUUUCCCCUGUCGUGAUGGCCUCACCACCCAUGCUGAAAUCGAGUAAGAAAUUGGAUUUUGGAGGGGGUGUGGAGAAGAAGGUGAAAGGAGAGGUGGGGUUUGUGGGGGUGGUUUUGAGGAGGUUGUUUUUCGGGGUUUGUUUGGUUUUGGGGUUGGAAUUUGGGUUUUCUUGGGUGGUUUCGAGGGGUUUAAGGCCUGAGUUGUCGAAAGAGUUAGUGAGGAAUUUGGGGGAGGACUCAUGGGGUUUUAUGGAUUUGAAUGACAGAUUUGUGUAUUUGAGUAAUGGGAUUAAGGGUUUGAUUGGCGCGAAGAAUCUGAAUGGGAGCUUUGUUGAUCAUACAUGGGAGAUUAAUCAGGAUGGUUUGUUGUUGAAUUCGUAUCUUCAAUUGUACAAAUCUAUGGUGGAGGAGGUUCGUAUAUGGGGCUGGCCUUUGCAAACUGCUGGAUUGCUGACGACUACGUUUUCUUCAAAGUCAUAUACUGUGUUGUCAGGAAGAGUUACCGAGUGGACUAAUGGCAAGGCUGGAUAUGUGAUUCGAAGAGCGAAUAGUUCAUGGACACAAGAAAAAUGGAGUGCUUCAGUAGUUCAAUUAGAUCGAAACACAUGGAUUCUCGAGUAUAAAAGAAGUUCCCUAACAGAAAAUGCAAGAUUGCUUUCAGCAAUUUUGGAGUUCUUGAAAUUCAGGAUCACCAGACUACUGCAAAUAAUGAACCAGGAGUUCUGGUUGUUGUCUAUUCAAGGCAGCCAGUUUAAAGGAAGGGCAGAAAGUCUAAAAGUCCCCACUUGAAAAUUCUGUAUAAGAUAAUAAGAGAUGAAAUGCUCUUCUAACUCACAAGUAGAGGUAUGUAGUUCUCCUUUCUGAUAGUCUUUGCUAGACCUGCAGAGCCCAUCUGAGUUUCUUUUGAACUCUUGUAGCUCUCAAUAUAUAACUUAAAUAUAUCUCAUAUUUUAUAUGUUACAUUUUCA